UAAAAUUUGGGUAAUAAGAAAUUGGUUAGUUGAUGAUCUUGCUUCUUGUCUGAAGCUUCUCUAGUUGUGGAACUGGUUAAACUGCUCUGUCUUGAUUAGUCCAAAGAUCAUUUAGAACAUGUGCAUCAACCAAAGAUCAAAACUGCAAGAGAAGACAGAAGCAAUGAAGGUUUCCAUGAGCAUCAUCGUUGUCCUCUUCUUUGCGACCUUCGUCGCCAUCUCUACUGCCUCUUCCCAUGAAACUUGCAUACGAAGAAACAUCGACAGGUCGCAACCACCAAGCUCUUCAGUCGAAACCAAGAUGUUACCAAUAUUCGUUUCUCUUGCGGAGAAGAUUUGCAGAGACAUAGCUCGUGCAGUCAUGUUCCAUGUGAAGAUAACCGGGAAAUUCCCAUCUCACUAUGUGAAGGCGAUGUGCAAUGUGUUUGGAGAUGAUGAGAAGAAAGUGAAGGAGUAUGUUGAGAAGAUAUGGUUGGCAGCUCCUAAGCUCGUGUCUAGUCUAUCUUGUGUCUUUCAUUGAUUUGUACGUGUUGCAAAACUUUAAACACUUUUUUAUACAAUUUGAGUCUUUUUUUUCAUUAUAGAUUUCUGGGUUUAUAUGAUAAUAUUGAAUUGUAUUUUGUUGAUAUUAUGUGUUUUAUAAUUGAAAGAGAUUAUUUUAUGAACGUUUGAUCAGUAACA